AUGAAACCUUAUAUAAUAAAUCUAGCAGAUCCCGAGAGCCUAAUACCUGAACGAAUAUUGGAUAUUAGCGAUGAAUUUGUCCCUGAUCAGUUUGAAGCUAGACACGGUUGUCUUGAUAUCGAUAAGGUCCUCAACGAAGCUAAGACCUCUUCUGAUACUAUAGUUCCCCAUCACGAAAUUUUGGUGCAGUGGUCACAGCUAGGUAUCUCUCAGGCCACUUGGGAAACGGUGGAGGUUGAUUCGGCUUAUCUCGAAGCUCUGCCUCGAACACGUUUCGUUGAUUGCCUUGAUCCUUGUGGCCGCCGCUUGCUUCCUCGUACUCUACGUCGUCGCCUUAUUAAUUUAACCCACCUAUUUUGUGUGCAACGAGCUGUUAUGCUGUGUGAUGCCCUGGGUACAUGUGGAAAGUCACGAAAAGAUCUUCACGCCCAGGGCGCUAGUAAGCCUAGAAAAGAAAAAAACUGGAGGGAUGUGUGGCAUGGUGAUGAACAACCGAAAUACAUUGCUGGUGGUUCUUCUGCUCGACUGCAUCCAUACCAAACGGAAGGUGUACGUUGGCUAUGGCAAGCUUAUCACAAGCGAACUGGUGUAAUUCUCGGUGAUGAGAUGGGCCUGGGGAAGACUGUUCAAGUCAUUGUAUUAUUUUACUCACUCUGGAAAGAGGUACAUAUCUAUCAAAUUGAGUAUAUUUUUCUUCCAAAAAUUCAACUCGGCGAUAUCGGUCCCUUUCUGGUUGUAGCUCCACUCUCGACUCUAGAGAAUUGGGAACGAGAAUUUCAGCUUUGGGCGCCUCAGCUCCGAGUUGAAGUAUAUAGUGGAGACAAACUAACACGUGCCACUAUCCGGUAA